AGGAGGAGAGCGUCAUGCUGGUUCCCUUUCUGUCUGCAGUUCACUCGAGUUGAAAGAACUCGUGUCUGGAUACUAUUCUCUGGUGAGCCUAGAAGAUGAAUGUCUGUUAAAAGUUCACUGCAAACAAAAGGACUCAAAGAAACAAACAUCGUUAAAGCUUCCUUAACCAAAAUCCUGAUGAAGGUGCUAAGCAGCUGCAAUACAGCUGACAUCAAGAAAUGCCACUUGUUCAUGCCAUGUGACGCUGAAGAUGGACUGUGUCAUCUGACUGAUAGUAAUAAGAAGAGAAAGAAAGUAAUAUCCUGGCCAUUUAUGCUGAGACGAACCACCACUGGAUCAGAGACUCUGGGGAAUCUGGAAUCUGACUUGAAACCUCCUCUGUUUGAUCAGCCAUUGUCGAUUGUCUGCAGUGAAGAUGAUAUGCUGCCCAAGCCAAUACAGGAUAUCCUUACAAUGCUCUUCUUGGAAGGGCCUUUAACGGAAGGAAUAUUCCGGAAAGCUGCCAACGAAAAGGCCCGCAAGGAGCUGAAAGAAGAGUUGAACUUUGGAGGGAAAGUUGUUUUCGAAGAUAAAUCUGUUCAUCUGUUAGCAGUGGUUUUAAAGGAUUUCCUUCGAAACAUUCCCCAUAAACUGCUGCUCUCUGAGCUUUAUGAUGAGUGGAUGACGGCACUGGAGAAGUUGACCCACCACGAAAGAACUGAAGCAAUGAAAGAGGUUGCAAGCAAACUCCCGAGACCCAACCUUCUUUUGCUCAAGCAUUUGCUCUGCGUGCUUCACCACAUUAGCAAAAGCUCAGAGGUCAACAAAAUGGAUUCCAGCAACCUUGCCAUCUGUGUUGGGCCAAACAUGCUGACUCCAGUUCGUGACCAAAGCCUACCACUUGAAGCCCAGAAAAAGCUAACAGAUCAGGUGAAGACACUGGUGGAAUUUCUCAUUGAUAACUGCCUUGAUAUAUUUGGGGAAGAAAUCUCUUCACUGUUCUGCAUCUCUCCUAGAGAUUCCCUGGACAGGCCAGAUAUGUUGUCUGCUAGACGUCAACAUGAUUCUGCCUAUGACAGCACAGAUUUUGAGGAAGAAUGCAAUUCCAGUGAACUCGAGGCCAACGAUCUACCACAAGCCGGGGGGACAGAACACAGGUGCAGCAGUAUGGAGCUGUACUCUCGAGAGCCAGUAGCCCAGACUCCACCUGUCUCUUCUCCUGUGACCCGGUUUAAAAAAUCCAUAAGCAACCUGGAUAGGAGGUUCUCUGAGCCAGACAUGCUCUCUUCUAAGGGCUGCCAAGGAGGCUGUAUGAGAAGCCAGAAGCUAGCCAGAAGUGAGGAGAGUGUAAUUCGGCAGGAGGAACUGAGGUUGAAGUGCCAAGGGCUGAGAGAGGAAAUGGCAGGAGAAUGUCAUCUUGCAGGCCUCUAUAGGAACAAGAAGCCAUCCAACUUGACAAUAAAAGCUAGUCUGCUGUCAGAAUUGUCAAACAAUUCAUUGCCCAGAACAUCCUCCGGCAGUUCACUAGAUAGUGCUUCUCCAGUCUCUGACUGUUCUGUCUUCACCAGCUCACCACUGACAUCGCCUUCCAUCGCCAAGAAAAACGCCUUAACUCGGCCGCAGUCCUUUUCCACCAAGGCUUCCAGCGGAAGUGACACCACCUCCAUCAGAGAGCUCAAGAGGCAUUCCAUGUCAUUUUCUGUGGCAACCCGCAAGAAGGUGCUAGCAAAAACCCAAAGCUGCAGCAUGGGUGGCUUUCAGAGGGACAGUUUCAAGAAGGAAUCCAAGAAAGAGAGACAUCUUUCCUGCCGCAUAGUCCACGCAACUUGUGCUGAUGACCACAGCUCAGCACCUUCGCGGGGUCAACUGAGGCCUCGUUUCAUGUCAGCAGAUGAAGUGUUUCGACUUGUGGACCAGAGGAAUCCUGGGAAUCCUCCAUCUUAUGAGGAGGCUACCAGAAACUGCUCAGCUGCUAGGCUUCCCUCAUACAGUAGCUUAACGGUUCGAAAUAUGAGAUCCACUGUGCUGUCUCCAGACUUUGAGCCUCAGCAUCCAAGACUCAAUAAAGAGGUUACAAACAAAGUAUACAAGGACUUUUUUAACGACAGGCUCUCCAUGACCAGUGAUCCUAAGGACAAGGUACCAGCCAUUGACUUUGUUAUUGGAAUACACUCCCGAGCUAAUUUGCCCCUAACCCCUCAAGUCUAUCGCCUCAGGACCAUGUCUGGGUCUUAUCAAAAGAACAAACAAGAAUACCUGACACAGCCAUGCAGCCAGCCAGCCUUUGGCCACAUACAAUGCGCUAAGGAAUCCUAUGUUUAACUUAUCUGUCCCCUUUCAACACAAUGUCUGCUGUACACAUGGCACGAAAGCAAGUCUUUCAACUGCGUCUAAUAUAAGCUCACCUAUGUCUGUCUACCUUUCCUUGAAAAGGUAGUCUUCUCAGUGUCAUAUGGAAUAUGCACUGUUCUUCCUGAAAUGUGUAGCUCUUGUACAUAAUGGAUAUAUCUCUUGUUAUUCAUGUCUGUAGGUUUUAAAGCUAUACAAGAGGACUGGCAGUUUUAUUCAUCUUGUUCCUUAUACAUUGUGUGAUCAUUCCUUUCCCCCUUAAAAAUAGCCAGGAGACCAGACUGCUGUAGGAAAUGCUCUAGAGACCAUCUUAACAAUGAGCCAAAGUGAAACUGUUCCUUACAACCUACAUGGUUGAGUUAUUUGUCUGGGUUUACAUUACUCAAGUGUCCUAGUGUCUACCACUUCCCCUUUAUAUGCUAUUUCCAACUGAAAUAAACCUCCGUCUUAUGAAAUGGUCCCCAGCCAAAAAUAAAAAAUAAAAAUGCA